AACGCCUUGAGGCGUUUGCGGCGCGAGCGUCAGGCAGGCGAGCCUCCCGUUGCCCUGGCAACUGCCCGGGCCCUGGCAUUCCAUCCCUUUCAGCCGGGGUUUGCACCUUGCAGAGGAGGUGCUCGAGGAGGCGGCGCCAGUAAAGGAGGAGAAGGAGGCGGCGCGCAGACAGGCUUUCACAUCAUUUGCUGCAAAGAGAUAAUGAGUCGUCUGCAUCUCGGAAUAUGAGUGGUAAAAGAGAUCUGAAAUGCAACCACAUUCCUAUUUGGUUUUAAGCUUUUCCUCACAUUUACUUACUGCUUUACUCUCUUCAUCCCAAGGGACCAUUCUCUUCAUAUUCAAAUGGAAAAGUAUGAGAUCCUUGGUCUUGUGGGAGAAGGAAGCUACGGAAUGGUGAUGAAAUGUAGGAACAAGGAGAAUGGCAGAGUGGUUGCCAUCAAGAAAUUUUUGGAAAGUGAGGAUGAUAAGAUGGUUAAAAAAAUUGCCAUGAGGGAAAUUAAGCUUCUCAAGCAAUUAAGGCAUGAAAACCUGGUGAACCUGCUGGAAGUUUGUAAGAAGAAAAAAAGAUGGUACCUAGUGUUUGAAUUUGUGGACCACACAGUCCUUGAUGAUCUUGAGAUGUUUCCAAAUGGCCUGGAUUAUAAUAGAGUUCGAAAAUACUUAUUUCAAAUUAUCAAGGGGAUAGGAUUUUGUCAUAGUCAUAAUAUCAUACACAGAGAUAUUAAGCCUGAGAAUAUAUUGGUGUCCUAUUCAGGAAUCAUCAAGCUCUGUGACUUUGGUUUUGCACGAACACUAGCAGCCCCAGGUGAAGCAUACACAGAUUAUGUAGCAACACGGUGGUAUCGAGCUCCCGAGCUGCUGGUUGGAGAUAUCAAAUAUGGCAAGGCUGUAGAUGUGUGGGCUAUUGGCUGCCUGGUGACAGAAAUGCUUACAGGAGAACCCCUUUUCCCUGGUGACUCUGAUAUUGACCAAUUGUACCAUAUUAUGAAAAGUAUGGGUAACUUAAUACCAAGGCAUCAAGAAUUGUUCUAUAAAAAUCCUCUCUUUGCUGGGGUGAGAUUGCCUGACGUUAAGGAUCUUGAACCUCUUGAAAAACGGUAUUCCAAGCUUUCUGUUGCAGUCAUAGAAUUUACUAAGCGGUGUCUGCAGCCUGAUCCAGACAAAAGGCCAUCUUGUGCUGAACUCUUGCAAUGUGAUCUGUUUAACAAAGACGGUUUUGCUGAAAGAUUUGCUCAAGAACUUAAAGGCAAGAUUCAGAAAGAAAGAGACCACCCUUUGCCUAAGAAGUCAAAAAUUAUUAGGAAAGAUAAAGAUGAUUCAAUUGAAGAAAGAAAAAUGCUUGUAAUCCAGGACCUGAGUGUUGAUUCAAAGAUCAAAGACUCGAAGCUGUUUCGAAAGAAAUUGUCCAAGGCUGAUAUAGAGAAAUCUGGCAGAUCUUCAAAUACAAGUUUCCUGUAUGAGAACGGAGCUGGACAAGUCAAAGCCAUUCCUCCAGUAACAUUGAAAGAUUCAUGCAGCAGUCUGGAUUAUACAAAGAACCCCAGCAUGGUGAUUCCUCCCAUUACACAGAACUGUUCUACCAUGCCAUCCAGUAUCAGUGGCACUGGGACAAAAUUGGGAACGCAUAACUACAGGACUGAUGAGAAGACCAAAAUAUAUUUCAAUCCAUUCAUAAAGCAAGGCAAAAAAUCACCACAAGGACAUUAUAGUAUGAACCUGACAGCAUUGAUCUCAAAUGAAAACAGUGUCCUUCAAACAAACAAGAAACGUUGGGAGUUUCCCAGAACAAACGUGCGUUUGCCAGAACUGAACCACAGCCAUCUCCCUGAACUCAAGUGUGUAGAUGCUCGGAAUUCCAGAUUUCUGAAGAAAGAAAAUAAAGUUGUUUCGGAAUCUCGCAUGCCAUCUCUUGCCACAAUAGAUCUUCAAAACUCAAGCUUGGCCCUGCACCAGAUAUCUGGAAUCUCCUUGCAAGAUGCUACAGAAGCCACUUUCCCCAGAGUAGAACACUAGUAAUAUAUAGAACUGAAGAUUCACUCCAGCAAACAUCUGCAGCACUUCUACACUCCUGUUGCCUUUUGGAUGUUCAGGCACUGUUCUUUUCUUGGUUGUACUUGGAGACUUGGUUGGGGGAUGUAUUUUUCGUAUGUUCAUGGUAAAGACAAUGAAAAGAAACACAUGCAUUCCAAUUACUCCAUAGUUGCCAAGGUGCUAAGACUACAAAUUCUUUUAUAGCAUGUUGUAUACUUAAAAUUAAUUGUUUGAAAGAGUUGGGUUUUUGACUAAUGGGAAUGCAUAAAAAGAGGAAGGAGUCUUUUGGUACCUUCGAAACUAAUCUGUUUUUUAGCAUGACUUUUUAUUGUCAGUGACGCACUUCUUCAUAUGUAUUUUACAGAAACUGAAAUCUUCAGCAGCAGACAAAAGUGUAUACUGAAUUAAACUGGUUAGGGUUUAAGGUGCCAAAAGACCCUGUUGUCUUAAUAUACUGAACAAGACUAUCACUGCUACCUCUUUGAUAGUUGCUUCAUUUAACACUUUUCAGAGAUGAUUCUCAUGUGUGAUAGCUAUGACUCCUCUAUGCCAUGUUAUUUCGGCUCACAUGAGCCAAAUAAGAUAUGUAUACAAGAUUGUUGUUAAAAUUGUGAGAAUACAAAUAGUCUUGUCUAGUAGUGUAUGUGUCUAUUUCUAGUUAAUGUCUUCAUGCAGAUACAAGUAUGCAUCCGAGAAGGGUUGUAUACGUCGGCAAAAUUCAGGAGCAUGGACUGGGCCUUGCUCUUCAUUUUUCCUUCUGUCAUACUUUCCUAAUGGCUUUUUGUGGUGCUGAUUUUAACACUGUGACAGCUUUGUGUAAAUGUAGUUGUCCACCCUUCUUCCCCUCCUGUACAUAAUGUGAACUGAUCAUAGGAUUUUAAAGAGCUUUUUGUAUCACAAAACCUUAUCCAUGUUGUUGGAAAGUCUGUAAAUACAUAGUUAAGCAUGUAUUUGCCUUUGUAACUUGACUUAUUUGGCACAUUUUUAGCAUCUUUUAAUGUUUUGAUUAUAUAGAUAUGUAAAGCACCAUAUGCAUUAUUGUCACUUUAAUGAUAACCCAUAUGUAGCAUAGGUAUACCAGUCUACACUUUAGAUUUAAUGCAGUGUGAUACCACUUAAACUGCCACGGAUCAAUGCUAUAGAAUCAUGGGAUUUGUAGUUUUACUUUAGCCUUCUUGGCCAAAUAAUGCUGGUGCUUCUGUAGCACUGAGCUAUGGCAGUUGAAGCAGUGCCAGACUGCAUUGAUUCUCCAGUGUAGAUGCACCUUUUGUCCUUUGUGUUUCCUAUUGGAAUGUUUUGGCCCUGCUUUUAUGAGAAACCAAAAAACCCAUUUCAGUCCUAUUACUAUGCAGUAACAUGCAGCUGAUGAGCCAACUUUAAAUUGUCUCUUACUUAUCAACCAUUUCUCAAUAGGUAGUGAGAGACUGAACGGUAGGGUUAGGGUACACCUGAUAUUUAGGUGCUUUUUUCUCAGUGUAUAUAAUUACACCAAAACUGGCAAAUUCUAGUAGGGAACUUAUACCUCACUUGUCCUCAGUAUUAUGGUGAUAAAUAAAUGUGCACUUUGUAGCCAAGAUGAUUAAUUUUUAAAGAGUCUUCUCAAAGAUCAGUAGUAUUCAUCCAGGUUUGCUACCAUAAAUGUAAAUUAAAAUCCCCCCUCUCUCCUUCUUGAUUGUGCGCUCUAUGUGAAGUUGAAACAAAUGGAGCUUAGGAUUGCUGAUGGAAAAGGUUACAUCAUCACAUAUGUCCCAUUGUUCACAAUGAAUGACUUUAUUGUCUUUUCAAAGAAGCAUAUGAAUUUUGGAAUGCUAUAAUGUAUUUUUCUUUGGAGGUAACAGGAGUUUUUAUCAAGUAUAUCCAUGAUUUGUUUAUGAUUAUGUAUUGCAAGGAUGGCGUUCCUAUUGCCAGUGUGGUAGGAAUCCAUGUUUGUUGACUAGAAUUGUUCUCUCAGAAUAAAGGAAUGUUUAGCUGCUUAUUGAUACGCUU